AACUUGAGUAAUUCACUCGACAAACGACCUCCGCGAAGUAAUCAUGGUGGACAUGUCCAGCGAACCACCGAUAUCCAACGCUUUUUACGCUCAUGAUUACGAAUACAGCAUCCAAGUGAAUCGUUGGCUAAUGCAACCAAUAGGAGCAUGGCCAAAGCUUACUAAGACAAACAGAACGCAAAGAUUAUUAACAAAAUUGUUGAACUUUAUCUGCCACUCGUUGAUCAUUUUCACAAUCGUACCUUGCAUAUUGUACAUUGUGUAUGAAGCCGAAAGCUCGAAGACGAGGAUGAAGAUCAUUGGUCCAGUGAGUCAUUGGCUGAUGGGAGAACUGAAUUACUGUUGUCUUUUGUCGAAAACCGACGACAUAAUCCGUUGCAUAAAACACGUGGAACGCGACUGGCAGGUCGUUGAAAAUGCCAGCAGUCGUGAAAUGAUGCUCAAGUACGCGAAGGUCGGACGUUUCAUCGCUUUCAUAGCUGCAUUCUGUAUGCACAGUGGCGUUCUGGCCUUCAACGUAACUAAAGGCUUUAAGAAGAUGAUGUUUCUUGUUGGGAAUGACAGUUAUUUUAUGUAUCCGUUACCUUGUCCGAUUUACACGAAUCUAUUGGACGCUAGAUUUAGUCCGGCGAAUGAGAUCGUGUUUGUCCUGCAGAUCCUUUCUGGCCUCAUCGUGACGUCUGUCACGGUGGGAGCUUGUGGUUUGGCAGCUGUUCUAACGAUGCAUGCAAGUGGUCAAUUGAAUAUGGUGGUGGCCAGGUUGGAUAAUUUGGUGGAUACGAAAAUCGAGGAGAAACAGGAAGCACAGACGGUCGCUCAGAAGAAACUUGGUAUUAUCGUUGAACAUCACCUGCGAACAUUAAGUCUCAUAGCCUCGAUAGAAAAAGUUAUGAACAUGAUAUGUCUCGUUGAGUUGGUGGGAUGUACGAUAAACAUGUGCAUGAUCAAAUAUUAUUUUCUCACGCAUCAAAAUACAGGACCGCGACUCAUACGUUGUCUUUUCUACUUAAUUCGCAUAUCUAUACAUAUGUUUACAUAUGUUUCAAUUUCACAGGAAAAAUCGAAAGAUAUGAGAAUUGUAUAUGCUAUCGUGUAUGCAUCCAUGGUAUUUAAUAUAUUCAUAUUUUGUUACAUCGGAGAAAUAGUUAUUGAACAGGUAAGAAAAGUUGGGAAAAAGGUGUAUAUGACUGAAUGGUACCGAUUACCUCACAAAACUGCUCUCGGUUUAGUCCUGGUUAUUUCAAGAUCGAGUAUGGUGGUCAAAAUUACUGCUGGAAAAUUCGUACAAAUAUCUAUCACGACCUUUGGCAUCGUGUUUAAAACUUCUUUCGCGUACCUCAACAUGAUCCGCACGAUGUUAUAAAGCAUUUACAUACCGCAUCAAGGACAGGCGAAUAAUCGUUCGUUGUUAUUUUCAAUGUGAUAUGUGAUAUGACCGCAAUGUAUUAUAUCGCAUGAGUAACAUGUUGACUGUCACGAGUGACUUUUCAGUGACAUAUUCGUCACUGAUGACCGA